AAUAGAAGAAAUAAUGGUAAUAAUAAUAGCAAUAAUAUGAAAAAAAAUAAUAGAAAAAAUAAUAAUAAUGAUAGAAAUAAUAAUAGAAGAAAAAAUUUCAGAAAAGGCAAAUUUAAUCAUGAAAAUUUAGAUGAUAAACUAGACAAAUUUUUAGUUAACUAAGAUCCCACAUUAAAAAAAUAAA